UCUCAAAUGGCCCCGUAGGGCAACAAUGGUUAGUUUUGACUGUGCUUAUUUGUGCUAUAAAAUAUCGAUCCUAAUUGGCAGCUAUUUGGGCUUUUAUAUCAGCCGACCUCCGUUUUUGAACUGUAGUCACUAAAUGUAGGGGUUCUGGCCUGACAAGGCCCAUGCAUUUCUUCAAUUGGAUGGCGAGCAGGGACAGUGUCACCGGCGAUCUCGAAACUAGGAGGGAAUGUUGACCAGGGAGCACCGCUGCGGCCGAUCAGAGGAGCAGGAACCGGAGCCCGGGCUGAGUCCGAAAAAAGCCGGAUCCGGACGGUGGCUCCGGAACGGCUGUAAGUGGAAGAUGGAGGAGCCGGAGGAACCGGCGGACGGUGGGCAGUCGCUGCCCCCGGUUUACAUUUACAGCCCCGAGUAUGUUAGCAUGUGCGACUCCCUGGCCAAAGUCCCCAAACGGGCCAGUAUGGUACAUUCCUUGAUUGAAGCAUAUGCACUGCAUAAGCAAAUGAGGAUAGUUAAGCCCAAAGUGGCCUCCAUGGAGGAGAUGGCCACUUUCCACACCGAUGCCUAUCUGCAGCAUCUCCAGAAGGUCAGCCAGGAAGGAGAUGAUGAUCAUCCAGACUCCAUAGAAUAUGGACUAGGUUAUGACUGCCCAGCCACUGAAGGAAUAUUUGACUAUGCAGCAGCUGUAGGAGGGGCUACAAUCACAGCUGCCCAGUGCCUGAUUGAUGGAAUGUGCAAAGUAGCGAUCAACUGGUCUGGAGGGUGGCAUCAUGCAAAGAAGUGCUGGCAGGAUUACAGUGAAAUUGGCACACUCUUUGAAAACGUUGGAAAUGUUAAGAGUGGGGAAAAUGUUUGUACCUGUUGACCCAGUACUAUUAUUCCCAGCAAUAUUCUAAGGAAAUAAACCAAUUCUGCCCUCAAGAAGUUUAUCUCUUAGAGGUAAGACAGCAAAUAAUUGCAUCUGAAAGCCAAAGAAGAGUGAUUUUCAAAGAAAAUUCUGCAAAAGAAGAGUAAUGAGAGACUAAUGCUAUUAGAUAUUAAACAUAAAAAACUGUGAUAAUGAAAACACUGGUACCACUGGUAUAAGAUUAGACAAAUGAUGUUAUAGUAUACUCCCCAAAGAGACUGUUGCAUAUAAGAAUUCAAUCAGUUAUAAAGGAUGUGUUGCAAGUGAUUGGAAAGGAUUGUUCAGUAAAUGAUGUUGUGACAGCUUGUAGCAUUUAUACUCUCAUCUCCUGUAAUAAACUAAAAUAAGUGGCAGCUGGAUUGAAGAGUUAAAUAUAAAAAAGCAAAUUAGGAAAAAAACCCUAGAAUGAAUGAAUAUUCAUCAGCCUUCUAAAGGGGAAUAGUUUUCUAAGCUUAGGAAAGAAUAGAAGAAAAACAAAGGAAAAGAUCAACAUAUUUGUAUAAAAUUUUAAAACCAAAAUAACUUUUAUGGCCAUUUCAAAAAUAAAAUCUAAACACAGACUAGAAAGGCAUAUUUGACAUAAAUAUGACAAAAUGUGACAGGUUUGCAUUUUCUCAGACAUUCAUACAGUAUGAUGUAUAAGAAGAAAUAUGGGCAAAGAACAUGAACAGACAAUUUACAAAGGAGUUUUAAGCACAACUGGAAAACAUGGGACAAUGUUCAUCACUACUAAUCAAAGAAAUGCAGAUAAGUAGGUAACUUAUCUAGCCUAUCUUUACCUAUCUUUACCUCUUUACCUAGCCUAUCUUUAAUAGAACUGAAAAAAAAUGGUACUGAGUUUGCUAGUAAUAGUGUGGUUUGGGUCAACCCCUUAAGAAAACAGUUUGGUAGCCAGCAUGUAUUAAUGCCCUUUUAUCUAGUAAUCUACUUCUGAGAAUGUUUCCUAAGAAAAUAAUUCAAAAUAUGGAAAAGAAACCUGAAGAUAUUUACCAGUGUUAUUUAUUUUUUAAAAUUAGACAUAACAUGAAUAUCUAGCAAUAAGGAAAGGGUGAAUCCAUUCCAUGGAAUAUUAUGCUAUUAUUUUAAAUGAUGAUUAUGAAGACUAUGGGGCAUUUCAGAAAAAUACUUCUGGGUUAAUAAAACAGGUUUUAAAAUUGUUUGCACACUGCAGUUACAACUUUGUAAAAUACAUGCAUUUUUUUUAGUACAUGCAUUUUUUUAAAAAAAAUUAGUGGGAAUGAUAGUAGUGGUUACGUUAGGGUGACAGAAUUAAAAUGAUUUUUUUAAUGUGUUUUUCUAGUUUUCAAAAUUUCAGUAAUGAGAUUUUUUCUAACUUUUGCAGCUAAAAUUUUACCAAAAUAAAAAGAGGCAAAAAAAUAGUUACAGCAAAUAUUAACAAAGGGUUAAAAUCAUUAACUAUUCUAACUGAUUUUUUAAAACACUAAUAUUCAGAUAAAUUAGUAAAAGACAUGAACAAUUUACAAAAGAGGAAACAAAUAGUAAACAAACAUGAAAAAAUAUUUAGUAUCGCUAAUAAUUAGAGGAAGAAAAAUUGAAACAUUAUAUAUACAUGUAUAUAUUUUACUUCUACCAAAUUUGAACCAAAGGAAGAAAGAUCUUAACUCAUACAUCUAUUAUUCUUGGUAAUCUAAGGAAAUAAGCCAAUCCAAAAUAUGGAAAAGCUGUGUAUAUGAAGAUGGUAAUUUCUCUUUCACGUAUAAUAGCCAAGAAAAAAGGAGGGAAGGAGACCUAAAUAUUCAACAACAGUGGGAUGGUUACGUAGUAUACUGCAACAUAUCCACUUGAUGGGCUACUAUAUAACUAUUAAAAAUGGUGGUUAGGACAACUGCAUAACAAGAAAAAAUGCAUAUCGUAUAUUGUUGGCUUUGCUUUUAAAGGGCAGGUAGCUACAGCAUCAUAUAUUCACUCUGAUUAGAGAUAUGUAAAAAAAAUCUGCAUAUGAAAAGAAUUUCUAGAAGGAAAUACAACAAAAUGAUACCAGUGACUUUGUGACGAUGAUGAUAGUAUGAUAUAUAUAUAUAUAUAAUAUAUAUACAUACACACACUAUAUAUAUAUACUAUAUGUAUAUGUGGGUAUACACACACAGAUAUAUACAUGUACCUUUUCUCUGUUUUAUAUAUUUUCAUAUAUUUUCUCUAAUAUGAUUAUAUUACUUUUAUUAAUAAAACUUUUUAUAAUAAAAUCUGCUUGGAACAAAGUGGGAAGCUGUUACAAUAGAGGCAUGAUAUGGUCGGUGUAUGCUAGAGUUAGGCACAAGGUAGUGGGGUGUCCAGAAGGAGUGGAAUGCACCACUUACUAGUUGUGUAUGUGACCUUGGGGUUAUUUCAGGAACAGCAUGUGCAGAGGCACAGAGGUGUGAAAGCUGAGGGCACUUCCAGGUCUAUAAUUAAAGCUGAAACCAAGGGCUCCUAUAGGCAAGUGGCUGGAGGUGAGGUGGGAGAGGUAUGAAGGGUCCUAUUUGCCAAGCUGAACAGCUUGGACUUGAUCCUUCAGGUCAGUGGUUCUUGACCUAUUUUGGUCAUGGACCCCUCCGAAAAUCUGAUGAAAGCUAUAUAACACUGUCCCUAGAAAAAUGUACAUACACAAAUUUUUCCUUAUAGUUUCAGAAAGUCUAAGGAUCUCCUACAGCCCAUGUGUGGAUCCCUGGUUAAGAACCUUGGUUUAAAAGAGUAAAGAAUCACUGAAGGAAUCUUUAGCCAGGAAGAGGUAACAUGAUCAGAUUUGCAUUUUAGGAAUAUGAUUCUGGCAAUAGUUGGUAGAUAAAUUGGUGAGUGUUGGGGGCCAGAAUGUUGACAGAGAAAUCUGUUAGGACCUUUACUGUGAUAAUAAUCUAUCCUAAAGGAGGUGAAAGCUGUGGUGAUGAGCAUAGAUGAGAGAAUAAAUUCAGGAGUCAUUUAGUAGCUAGAAUAGGUAGGAAUGGUAACCAGUUUGAUAUAAAUGAUAAGGAAGGAGUGAUCUAGAUUUCUUAUGUAGAUGACUGAGUAAUUGUGUUACCUUUAACCAAGACGAGUAGGGGAUGGGGACUGCUCUGCCUAUGGAGCAUCUAAUUAGAGAUGUCUAUUACAGAGUCGGCAAUGGGGUCCAGCCUAUGACUUCUCAACUUUAAUGUGCAUACAAAAUACCCAGGGAUCUUAUUAAAUUGGAGAUUCUGGUUCAGGUCUUGGGGGAACCUGAGAAUCUGCAUUCCUAACAAACUCCCAGGCAAUACUAAAGGCUGCCAAUUUGUGGCCCAUACUUAGACUAGCAAGAGGCUGGAGCUCAGGAGAAUCAUCUUCACUGAAGAUACAGAUUUGGGAGCCAGCAUGAUAGGUGGUAAUUAAAAUUAAGGAAAUAGACUAACUAACCUGGGAAGCAUGUGUAAAAUAAUACAGGGGAAAAAACUCAAAUAAUGAGGCUUGUGGAAUGCCAGUGUUUACAAGGCAGGCAAGAGAAGAAAGACCUACAAAGUUGAGUCUUGAGAAGGAGUGGUGAGAGAGAUAGGAGGAGAAUCAGAAAAGACUUAUCAGAGAAACCAAAGGUGAACCUCAAGAAGACCGGUUUGGAUAGCAGUGUCUUCUGCUGCUGCAGAGCGUGUAUUCUCAAUGGGAGUGAUACUGCCCCCAAGGGAGCAAAAAUUGAUUCUUGCUGGGGCAGGUGGUAGGGAAGCGGGGGCGGCAAGAAACUUAGAUGUUACAUAGUUUAUGGUUUUCCAAAGGGUCACAGUACAUAACAGAUGUACAGUACAUCUGUGAUAUAAAAUUUCGCGGAGAGGUCAAUUAGAAAAAGGUGUCUAAAAAGGCUCCUUGGGUGAGGGAAUGAUAAUGAAAAAAUGGUUGAGAAACAGCUGUACAGAAGGAAAGUAAGAUUUCUCAGUAAGGAGGUUGUGGUUAAGAAGACUUCAAAGGAUGGAGAGGAGUGUGCUGGGGAGACAAGUAGGUGAAGGGCCUUGCAGAAGCAGCACUGUGAAAUAGCUUGGCGGAUUGGGGGAACUACACACAUUGCUGGAGGGUUAAGGUUCAAAGUAGAUAAUGGCAGCAGAUGAGGUAGAAAAGUAGGAAAUGGCUCAUGAAGGGCUUCAUGUAUGUCGGAGUCACUCAGUUGAAAAAUGCAGAUUUCUAGACCUCUCAGAGAUCUUGAUCAGGUAGGUUUGGACUGGGGCAUCAGAACCUGCACUUUCAAAAUCUAGGGGUGAUUCUGAUGCACACACUUUGAGAAACUCUUCAGUAGGAAAUGGGGGGCACUGAAAUAUUAUGUUAGGUAGUAACGUGGUUAGAUUUGUGUUUUAGGAAACUGACUGUAGUUAUAGAGGAUGGAUUGAAGGAGGUGUAGACUAUAGGUCGAGGGACUGAAUUGGGUAUCGGCACUCUCACUGACAAGUGAUGAGGACCUGAACUAAGGCAGAGCAAUGAGAGUCAAACCCAGGCAAUCUAACUCUUCAACCUGUGUACUUAACCCCUGAAUUAUACUACCUCAGUACACGGGAGUAGGUGGUGGUAUGCAGCAGAGGUAGUACCCAGGGAAAUUGGAUUCUGAGAUUUGGAGAUGGAGGUGGAAGCUGGAACUAGAAGCAGAUGUGUUGCCUGUAUAUGAAAUGGUAGCACAAACCAGGAAAAUGGGUGUGAUUACUUAGGGAAAAGGCAGAGAGUGAGGAGAAAAAGAAAGUAGAGCCUAGAACCCCAGGAAAUACCAACUUGUAAUGGGCAAGUAUAAGAAGAAGCCCCAGUGAGUUCAGCUGAAAAGCAGCAAUCAGGACUGGCCAGGUAAUCGAAAUAGAAAGGGACCAUAGAAUACCAAGGGAGCAGAAGAGUUUAAAGAAGAAAAGAGCUCUCAACAAUCCAGAGCAGUACUGAAGUGUCAGUCAUAUUUGGCAAUUAAUAUAGUCAUUAAUGACCUUGGUAAGAGAACUUUCUGGAGAGUGAUGGGAAUACAAACUGUUGAGGGGUGAGCAGGAACUAAAGAAAUGGACAAGAAAGGAACAUUAAUCUGUCCAAAAGUUCAAAUGAGAAAGAAAGGAGAGGAGGGCAGUGGCCAAGGGAAACAGGGUUGAGGGCUGACUUGUUGGGUUUGUUUUAAGAGCUUUGAGAACAUUUGUAGACUGAAAGGGAAAUAAUGGAAAUAUGAGAAGGAUAAGAAAUGGAGCAAAGUCUCGGAGGAGGCAGGAGAGGAUGGGAGGAAUGGCUUUGGGAGGAGGAGACCCACCUCUUCUGAAGCCAGAGCAAAAGGAGUCAAGGAGGGUAUAGCAGAGAAGUAUCUGGGUUGCCUACUAGUGAGUGCUGGCCCCAUGGCCUCUACUUUCUCCAUGAAAUGACUCUUGUCCACUUCUAUCACUUGCUCACAGGCCUCUUUGAAUUCUUUGAUUCUGCUUUUUGUAGUCAGUCUCUUAAGAAGCCAUCUUGUCCCAUCUAGAUCCCCUUAAAUGGGACUCACUCUUUCCAUGUAAACAUGUACUAGGAGGUAUUAAAACCCAGCAUGGGACAGUGACUCCUAACCUCCAGAAUUUGCUGAGAUCGCAUCUUCUUUGUCCACUUUGACUGGCUGUUUCUCAUCCUCACCUCUUCCUGUUUGACUCUGCAUUACAGCUCCCAGUAUUUUCCUUUAUCUCAUUCUGAUAAUCCAUUUAAGACUUAUUUCCAUCUCUAGCUCAACCUGCCCUUCUUCUUGCCACAAUUCUGUUAUUUGCCAUCUUAUCCCAUGACAUUUCAGCCUUCCACCUGGUGACACGGGAUCUGUGCCAGCUGGGCCCCCUCUGCCUGCUUCGCUGCUAGGAGAGGAGAGAUUAUUGCCCUAGAAUGCCAUUGGUUUCUGGGACUUCCACCUGGGGGCAGUGAAUGAUAGAGCCAUAUAACUCUGCCUUGUGUCUUGGCAAACUCCACAAGAAGAAUAUAGAAUGAGACCUCCAGCUCUUAGUUACCGUCCAGCUAGCAGUUGGGAUCAAAGCUACUAGAGCUCUGUUCUCAAGAGCUCCAGCUCUUUAUGCACAGAGUGAAUGACAGUGGAUUGCAUUCCAGUUCCAGUUCUCCAGAGUGCUGUAUGUGCAGUAUAACUCAUUAACCAAGCAGCCAGAACCCCCUCCUCUACUGACACCAUCCCACCUCCAGCCUUUCCAAACCAAUAGAUCACUGCAUGAAAAUGGAAACCUGGAUUCAGGGUCAGCCACGUUGCCUCAGCACCAAGGCAGACUCCUCCUUCAGCCAUGGAGCGCAUGUCCUUAUCACUUCCUCUUUACACCCAUUCCAUCCUGGCACCUGCAGAACAGACCCAUCAUGAGACAAAAUAAACAAACCUUUCCCAUAGUAGCCCAGAUCAGAUGAGAUCUAGGGAAGAUAGUCUAAUACAGUGGUUCAGUGUUGCACAGGGAAUUCCAGCUCCAUCAGUUACUAGCUGCAAAACCUCUCUGUGCCUCAGUAUCCUCAGUUGUAAAUUAGGGGUAAUAAUAGUACCCACCUUAUAGGGUGAUGGGGCUUAAAUCUGAUCAUUGUAUUAAAGAGCCUAGCAAAGAGCCUGGCACAUAGUAAGUGUUUGAUGAAAGUCACUUAUAUCCAGAUUGGGUUACACUCAGGGGGUCUUAGGUAGCCUCUAAGGCAAGUCUCUGGUCCAGUGGGGUCCCACUGCCUGUCCAGCUAAAGUGAGCCCUGGUACUGUUUGUCACCCACUGCACUUCCACGUCCCCUUUGCCCGUAAGCUCCUGGCUGAAAGUAGACUAUUCACGAUCGGCUUAAAGACUCAGGCCCUUUGCUUUGUCAAAGUUUCACUGCCAGCCUUCCCUAUACCCCUACUCCUCCCAAACAUCACAUGAAUUCACCGUUCGACCUCCACUACUAGGUCCAGCCCAUACUCAUAAGGCAAAUGAGGAUACUCCUUACCAAGAGACAGUGGGACCACCCCUAAUUGGCAAGGGUGACUGUGCUGUAGUGCUGAUAUCCAGGACUUUUCUUCUUCCUAAGGAGCAGGUGCUCUCUGAAUCUAAAAUCAAGGCCUUCUAUAAAAUAAAAACUCUGGACAGCAGCUGGCAGCAGGAUUCAUCAGAUUCUCCAUCUCUUCCACAUUAACCUUGAGACCCUUUCUGAAAAUAAAAAGCAGGGAGUUCUUCUUGUCAAGAUUAUUCUGUCCUCAGUGUAAUCACUAUUCAAAAUCCUUUCUGUUACCCCAGAACCUUCUAGCUCAAUUCCAUAAGGCUCUGGCCUUCACAGGGUUAUGUAUCCCCUAGGGGCACCUACAACCUCAUCUGGAUCAAGAAAGGUAAUGAAUGGAGGAUUCCUGUGCAGUGUCCCCACUUGCUUCCAGCAAAUGAGAUCACACACCACCUCCUAGAAUAUUUACCUGGGCAAUAUUUUGAUAAAUUCACUUAAUGAGAUGUCACAGAAUGUCUGAGCUGCGUGGUAGUUGAAUGAUUACAGUAGCACUAUCCCCAGGCCAAGCCCCAAAGUGUGAAAGUGAUACUUCUGGGCAGAGUUUACAUAGUGCUGGAUAAGAUGUACAUUUUUCUAAAAUGAAGUCCCUAAAAUGAUUGAAGACGUCAGCAACCCCUUGAUACUGCCCACAAUUCAUCUACUACCUCUGCAUCUUCACUUCCCCAGUAUCCUUUCUCUUAAGGAGAAAGGAAUUUGGUCCCCAGACACAAAAAUGACCUUCCCGUAGCUGAAGGCCUUCUACCCCAGCCCUGGUCUAUACCACUGACUAAUGCCUUCAACAUCCAGGUACAGGGGUGUGGGUGAGGAGGGGUUGAUGGGUGGGGAGUAUUGUCCUGUCACAGGAGGACCUAGGUACUUUUGAUCUCUGGACCUAAGCUGGCCCUAAACAAGGCCAAUUACCCCAAGUGGGAAUGAGAGCUCUUCAAGGCCACCUUCAAGAUAGGGAGACACUUCCUUUGAGAGGGACAAGCAGUUUGUGAUCAUGAGCUCAAAUUGUUAUAGCGCAGAGGAGCCGGGGCAGCAAGUGUAGAACAUAAAGAUCCAGGUCCAUCCUGGGGCAGCCCAGAGGUUUAUGUUGUUCCAAGAUGCCCCAUUCUGUUAGGAUCGGGGAUUGCCUGUGCCCAAGGGCACCCCUCCAGUGGGCCAACAUAGCCUAUUCAGACUUGCAUAUAAUCUCAUGGAGUGUGUUUCGUAAUGUGGCCUGCAGCCCACCUGCAUCUUAAUUCUAAAAUGAAGAUUCCUAAAUCAGACCCACUAGGGGUAAAGCCCAAGAAUAUUCUUUUUUUUUUUUUUUUAACCAGUGUCUCCCUAAGGUGAUUCUGAUGCACAACACAGUUUGAGAACUCCUGGACUAAGGGUUCUUCUAGUUGCCCCAUAUCUGACCUAACCUCUGGUAUACCUCUGUGAUCCUACAGUUGAGACAAAGACACACCAAGGUAACCUUCAGGUCUUUGGGGUAUCAUUCCAAUGAACUUCAGUGCAGAUUUUUCCUCCUCCCACAUCUGUAACGCCUUUAGUGGUGGAUCCCUCUUUCCCAGCCAUUGCUGCCCAUGCAUCUAAAAGGCCUUCCACUUUCACAAGUUCCAUAGCCAUCUGCUCUCCAACCACAGCCUCCAGUUCAUAUACUAGUUUUGGAGAAUGCCAUUCAAAGUCCUCCUCCCCCACAUUUACCUCUCCACCAUACCACUACCAGCAGACAACCUUCCAGGCCAUAUGGAUUGACCAGGUCCUGGCGGAGCAGCAGUACUGCUACACCUCUGAUACAUAAUACGAUUGGUUCUCCACCUCCAGCCUCCUCAGAAUUCAUUUCUAAUCCACUAUACCCCUCCAUCCAGACCUCUUCCUUUCAUGGCAUUAAUUAUUUCCAGCCCACUCUCACCCUGGCUAUUUGCUAGAACCACUGACAUCCCUGAGUCUGGUCAAUAUCUUGACUACCCAAGUAUGGACCACCCAAGGGCACAUUCUGUUAGCUUUCACCAUACAACGUGGCAGAGGGGGUAAGAGCAGGGACUCAAGUCACACUGCCUGGGUUUGAAUCCCAGCACUGCCGCUUCCUAUGUGAUCUUGAACAACCUGCUUAAACUCUGUUCCUUGAUUUCCUCACCUAUAAAAUGGAGAUAAUAAUAGUACCUAUCUCACAAAGCAGUUGUAUUACACGAACUAAUGUGUGUAAAGUACAUAGACUAAUACUUGGCCCAUACUAAGCACCAGAAAGUGUUUGCCAUAUAUGAAUUACACUAACUGGAUCAUUCAGGUGUGAUUUCCUUUUGGCACAGCCACAUCUGCCAUGGCAGAAAUUGAAGGACUCUUACCUGGAAACCUUUGAAGUGAAAUUCAGUCAUCCGCCCACACACCUCCUACAUCAGCAGCCCGUAGAACUUCAUGCCCUUCUCACUCCAUGAUCACUCAUCCAGUCUUGCUACUCCCCGAUGCACUUGUCUACCUUGUACCCUGCAAUUAUCUCCAGCAAUCUAAGGCUGAGAGACCAGUUUCAUCAUGAAAGAGGUGUUAGCUUUCCAGUGGCGUCGUGGUUGGCCCACUGUCUGAUUCACUGGAAGGUUGUUGAUCAGGAAGUAUUUGCGGGGGGGCACUCAAGGCAACCUUGAUCUCAUAAUCUUAUUAUAGGUAUGCUUUCCCAGCUCAACCUCAGCAUUCUCUCUCUUUUUUAAAAAUUUAUUUACUUUUGGCUGUGUUGGGUCUUUGUUGCUGCACGCGGGCUAUCUCUAGUUGCGGCGGGGUGGGGGGGGCUACUCUUCGUUGCGGUGCACAGACUUCUCUUUGCAGUGGCUUCUCUUGUUGCGGAGCAUGGGCUCUAGGUGCGCGGGCUUCAGUAGUAGUGGCGCACGGGCUUAGUUGCUCUGCGGCAUGUGGGAUCUUCCUGGACCAGGGCUCAAACCCUUGUCCCCUGCAUUGGCAGGCCGAUUCUCAACCACUGCGCCACCAGGGAAGCCCUAGCAUUCUCUCUUAAAUGUAAUUCUGGCAUUCGCUUUCAGGUCUAGGUACCAGGGAAGGGAGUAAAUGACCCUCUUACUUAUGCCCUGCCCCUUGCCUCCACCUCCUGACCCCAGAUCCACUGGACCCGUCUACCCAGUCUCACUAGUAAAGGAAAAGAUCAAAUUGCUAUGCUCAAAAACCAGGGGAGAGAUCUUGAAAGUAUGAACAAAGGUGGUGACAGUGGAUGUGAAAAGGAAGAAGAGCACUUGAGAGUGAUUUUAGAGGCAUAACUGACAGAACUUGGUGAUCAGUUAGCUCUUGGGGGUAAGGUGAAGGGAGACAUCAAAAAUACCCAGUUUUUUGCCAAAGUAGGAGGCAGUAUUGUUGGUAAAAUUGGAAGUGGCACACCGAAAGACAUACAGAGAUGUCAAGGGAUUUGUGACAUAGAGAAAUCUGAGUGGGUAAAUGGAUAGCUAGGUAGGAGAUGGUAGAGAGUAGAUUGAUUGGUGGGUGUCUGGUUGACAUCCCAAACUUAAUAUAUGUCCAAAAGCUAACUCCUAAUCCCCCCUCAUAUGGCAGCCCUACUCUUCCAGUUGUUGAAACCAAACAUGUUGGAAUCAUCCUUGACUCCUUUUCUUUCACACCCCAUGUUCAGUCUGUAAAAAAUCCCAACUCCAUCUUUAAAAUAUAUCCAGAAUCUGACCACUUCUCACUGCCUCCAGCACUAUAACCCUAGUUCAUCUCUCUCGGAUUAUUGCAACCACCUCCCAACUAGUGUUCCUGCUUCUGGCCUUGCCCCUGUUAGGUCUAUUCUCCACACAGCGGACAUAGUGAUCCUAUUAAAACAGAAGUCAGAUCCUAUUACUCCUCUGUUCAAAACACUGCCUUGGCUCCCUGUUUCACUGAGUAAAAGCCGAAGUGCCUACCGCGGCCUACAAAGCGCUGUGCAUUCCCCCUAUUUCUCCUUCCCCCCUUGUAGAACUACUGUUCUUUUCCUCGCUAUUAUCUGGCCACUGGACUCCUCUUUUCCCUUGAACAUACCAGGCAUGUUCCCACCUCCAGGCCUUUGCCCUUCCUGUUCUCACUGCCUGAAAUAUCCUCCUCCCAAUUAAUGACCCUUUACCUCCUUCAAGUCUUUGCUCAAAUAUCACUUUCUCAGUAAGGCCUUCCCUGACCACGUUUUUAAAUUUGCACUGCAAAAAAGCCUCCCAUUGCCCUUUCCCUGUUCUAUUGUUCUCCAUACUAUUGAUUGUCUAAAAAAUUAUUUAAUUUACUUAUUCAUUAUUUAUUUCAUGUCUUACACCCCUUCCCACUAGAAUAUAAACUUCAUAGGGGGUAGAGAUUUUUAUUUGUUUUGUUUAUUACUGUAGCUUCACUGCCUAGAACUCUACCUGGCACAUAGAAAACUUAAAAAAUUUUCGUUGGGUGAAUGAUCGAGUAUGAAAGUUGGAAUGGAUGGGCAGAGAGAGAUGAGUGGGAAACACUUAUUCCCAACCCUUUGGGGGAGUGUCUCUCCUGGUACUACCAGUUGACUUAUGGAAUGUCAAUAUGUUUGAAAAAUAAAGAAUAAAGUUAUUUAAAUUGGAAAGAUGAGUUAGUGCCUUCUCAAGGUAGGACUUCAAUAGAUAUUGGUUGAAUGAAUCAAUGGUAGUAUCGUAACAGGUAUUAUGAAAUUAGAGAGAGGGAGAGAGAGAGGGAGCGGGGAGAGAGAGAGAAGGAGAGAGAGGAGAUUCCACACAGCAGUCAGAGGUCUGAGUGUUCACGAAGUCCAAUGAGCAGUCAGCACGUCAGAUUUCCAGCAUAUUGAACAUGACCUACCAAACUGUGGGUUAUAUAAGCUUUGCAUUUUAACCAAGAGACCAAUAGAGGGCGUGCGAGGUUAAAUCAAGAAUGUUCUCUGCUUGAUGAGAUUCUAUUAACGUCAUCCACAUUUAUAUUUAUUGAUCUGAUGUUCAUCUAAACUGUUUCAUCAGUUCAGAGUGUUCUCUUGAGCUAAUUUCUUUCAUGAGCCCAGUAUCUGGCUCAUAAUACUUCUUUAAUAAAUAUAUAUACUUUGAAUGAAAGAAUAUAUAGAAUCAAGAGAUUUUCACCUUGAAAUUUGUGUUUUACUAAUUAACCAUGGUCAGUAUUUCCAUUAAGAAACUAUCCUUCAGCGUUCAUAACCUGACUGGCGAAUAGAGCUCCCAUGGUCCUUGGUGCUUACUGAAUCCUUAGGCAAGAGGAGGGCAAGAGUCUGACUUGGAGUUUGGAUGCUUUGUCUGUGUAAGCGAUAGUGUUAGACAACAUCAACAUCGUAGUGCCUGAGGUAGGAGUUGCUAAAGGCCCAGGCUGCCUCUGCUCCCAUACCAGCUCCUCUCUCCAUCAAGAGGGGCUGGCAGCUGAUGGAGGAUGCAAGUCACCAGGGAUGGCUUGUCCCCCCCCCCAAUUGUUAGUUUGACUUCUGCAAAUGAGGAUUUCACUGCUUUUGAAACCUGCUGCCUACAAUGUGUUUUCAAGAUGUAGGGUUGUUUGGGAUGAAGAAAGUUAAAUAGGCAUUGCUUAUUAUCUUAAUUAUCAACUGUUCCCACUGAAAUUCUCUGAAGGGAUUUUGGGUGCCUGGAUUUGCGGCUUUCUGAGCUGGAUUACUGUGGGGGUAUGGAGUCCUUGUCCUGUUCUUAUCUGAUGGCUGAAGUCUCUGAGUGCCCUUGAUCCAGGCCCGUGAGCUAGGCCCUCAAGUAUUAGAUCUUUUUCACUAGUGUAAUCAUUUCAAAUAGCCUGAGAAAUAGAACCCACUUUUAAUAAACUUUAUUUUUUAAGAAUAGUUUUUCAUUUACAGAAAAAUUGAGCAGAUAGUACAGAGAGUCCCAAUGUAUCCCAUACCCAGUUUCUCCUAUUAUUAACAUCUUACAUGAAUAUAAUACAUUUGUUAAAAUUAAUGAACCAAUAUUGAUAUAGUUCAUAGUUUAUUCAGACUUCACCUAAUACUGUUUUUCUGUCCCAGGAUCCCAUCCACGUGUAAUGAUACUACGUUACAUUUAGUUGUCAUGUCUCCUUAAGCUCCUCUGGGCUGUGACAUUUUCUCAGGCUUUCCUUGUUUUUGAUGACCUGGACGGUUUUGAGAAGUGCUAGUCAUAAUAUUCAGUAGUAUGCCUUUUUCAGUCUAUUUUAGGUAUUUUAAUGUAUUUUUCAGUCUAUUUAAUGGAAUCAUUUCAAACAGUCUGAGACAUACAACCUUUCUUUAUUGUUCUUCCCAGUACCUGUUUUUAUAAUAAAUCUGAACAGUUCCUGAAGCUGGUCCUUGCUAGAGCAGGGCAAGUAUCUACAGCAUUGGUGAAUUUUUCUACAACAGUGUGCACUUUGAGUAAGCCUUGCAAUUUAUUGUCCAUAGUCACCAAACCCGUGCUGGUAUCAUCUUUUCUCAGAAAACUUAAAUGAAAAUUGAAGGUGCAAAUUCAAAAUGUGUAUCUAUAGAAUUAAUUGGUCUGACUUUCUGUUUUUUUCUAAUGUCUGAAUUGUAGUGAGAGUCUUUGUUUCCUCAGUUUUGCUGUUUAAAUAUAAGAACCAAGAAUUCUGUGGAAAAAGAGAAGGAAUGAGAGUUGGAUAGAGCCACGUGUGAUUCUACAGUUUUACCUUCAUUUAAUUUUCUACCCCAACCUGUCUUUAAUACGAACUGUAUUAUCACUAAGAUAAAACUCAACUUUCUUUUUCUUUUUUCAA